AUGAGAUAUGAUAAUAUAAGUAAAAAUGUUGACCGACGAGGAUGUCCCAAUUAUACAAACAUAUAUUUCACCCCACAAGAUUUAAUUAAAGUUAAAUUUCAUCACAUUGUUAGUGGAACAGGCACCUAUUCCGUAACACUCAACAGGACAGAAUAUUUAAAUCCCUUUUCUGUUAUAAAUCUACAUGAUUUUGAUGAUAGUCCAUCCUAUUCUUUUCCAGAAUAUCAGUGUAAAUCAGCAUCAUGCACUAUCUCAAUUCUUCCAAUUUCUGCACCAGUAAAGUUAAAGAAAACAACCCUAAAAAGUUACGAUGGCCAUAGCGAUGCUGUUAAAACUAAUAUAUUAACAUCUCUUCGAAAAAUUUUCCUGAAUGAGAAGCUAAACAGAAAAUUUAUUGAAGACACAGAGGUCAAAGUUUAUUUCUCCACAAAAAUGUAUGAUUCAUUAGAUUUAUUUGCCCUCCGUAGAACUUUUGAUUCCAGUAACAGCAACUACAUUUUAGAUCGUGGCACAAAUGUUUAUCAUAUAAGUCAACCGGGAAAAACUUCCAAAUAUACAUAUUCACGUGAACGCGGCGGAAAUGAAUCCGUUUUAAGAUUCUGGGCUGGAGAAUAUUAUUUAACUUUGAGCGACGAAGAGCUUAUUAAUAAUGGUACAGGAGGUUCCAUAAUUCCAUUAGUUGGCCUCAAUACGCGUUCUAGAGAUGACAAUCAUGUUACCGCAAAAUAUUCAUUUAAAGUGGACUAUUUCAAAAAUAAUGAGGAAUCUUCAAAUGGUCAUCUUUUCCCAAAUGAUAUAGGUCUUUUUAUUCCACCCAAUGGAAUUUUCACACUAGAGGAAGUUAAAAAAUACAAUCAGGAUGAAAAAUAUGAAGACUAUCAAAAAGAAUCUGAAGAUUUAUAUAGCUUUUUAGCAAAACAAGAAAUGGAUUCCCCAUAUACAAAAAUAUACUCAAUAUUUGGAUACACAACUAUAGCAGCACCUAUAAUUGCUUACGGUUUAAUGGGAAUCAUACACGUUUUCUACUGGAAGAAACACGCCAUUAUUGAUGGUUUGGAAGAAAUCCUUGGGGAUACAGAGACAGACAAAUUCGAAAUGGAUAAUAUGGAUAAUGAAUAA